GUUCGAGACUAUCUUGACAGUAGGUCAAAUUUUCAAACUUUUUGAAAAAAGUCAUAUUUGACUAGUUUACUGGCUUAUGACUUGACUAAUUGACUUUAACUUUGUGAUAUAACUAUGCCGAAACGACGUUCUAGUAGUAGAAGUUCAAUAGAACCAUCUCCUAAGCGCACGCAAGGUGAAACAAGUGAUAAAUCAACAAGAAAAAGUGGGCGUUUCCCCUCAGUGGGCGAUAAUAGGGAACCAAGUACAUUCGUUAGUUGGGGACCCUUUCUUGCUGAUAGACAGUGGGGCACUGUGAGAGAGGAUUACUCCAAGGAUGGAGAUUACUGGGCCAGUUUUACAUAUGAUGACGCCAGAGGCCGUGCUUAUCGCUGGGGUGAAGAUGGAAUCAUGGGAAUAUGUGAUGAUAAGUCUCGUCUCUGCUUGUCCCUUGGGCUCUGGAAUGGGAAGGACCCUCAUAUCAAAGAGAGGUUCUUUGGUCUUGGAGGCAAACAAGGAAACCAUGGUGAAGAUGUAAAGGAAUGCUACUAUUACCUUGACAGCAAUCCACAACAUAGUUACAUGAAGGCCCUCUAUAAGUACCCCCAAGAACUAUUCCCAUAUGAGAAUUUAGUUGAGGAAAAUGCAAGUAGAGGAUUAAACGAUCCUGAAUAUGAACUGAUAGAUACAGGUGUAUUUGAGAAUGACAAGUACUGGGAUGUUUUCAUGGAGUAUGCUAAGACUACUGAUGGAUCCAUACAGUGCAGAGUUACUGUACACAACAGAGGGAAUAAAGAGGCAGAGGUACAUGUUAUACCUCAGAUAUGGUUCAGAAACACAUGGUCAUGGGGUGAAGGUCACCCAGGUAGAACAACAGAGGUGCCAUCUAUUCAGCUCAAGGAUGGUGACUUUCUCUGUGACCAUGAAGAUAUGGGUAGUUUCACAUUGAUGUCAGAAAAGUCUUAUUCUGGAAAUGAAGGAGAUUUUAUGUUGACCAAUAAUAUAACAAACAGUGGAGAGAAUGAAGGACCUUUUAAAGAUGGCUUUCAUAAAUACAUAGUUGAUGGCGACAAAUCUGCUGCUUUAACUAAAGAUGGAGCCACUGGCACUAAAGCUGCUGUUUGCCAUAAGUUGCUAGUGCCACCUGGUGGUGAAAGUACUGUAAGGUUCAUCAUCUCAGCAGGAGACACAACUGGUAACCAUGGCAAUGUGUUUGGAAGACAGUUUGAGAAAGGAUUUGAAACUGAAUCCCAGAAAACUGAUGCAUUUUACCAAAAGGUAUUACCUCCCACACUAUCCAGUGAGCAGAGAAAGGUCUCAAGACAAGCUUAUGCUGGUCUGCUCUGGACUAAGAUGUUCUAUCACUUUGAUGUCAGAAAAUGGAUAAAUGGGGAUGAUGUCGCAGUUGAACUUCCCGAAAGCAGGAAGACUGGAACCAAUCACGAGUGGAAGCAUUUGUACAAUUGUGAUGUCAUAUCUAUGCCCGAUAAAUGGGAAUUCCCUUGGUAUGCAGUUUGGGACUUGGCCUUCCACAUGAUUCCAUUCUCAGACAUUGAUAGGGAAUUCACCAAGAAACAACUUUUACUCUUUCUGAAUGAGGGCUAUAUGCAUCCUAAUGGGCAGUUGCCGGCCUAUGAGAAUAACUUCAGUGAUGUCAACCCUCCUGUGCAUGCCUGGGCUUGCCUGAACGUGUACAGAGAUGGCCAGAAAGAGGGCAGCACUGAUGUUGUCUUCUUGAAGAGGUGCUUCAAUAAACUUCUGCUCAAUUUUGCUUGGUGGGUGAACAAGAAAGACCCAACAGGCAAACAUUUGUUCUCAGGGGGAUUCCUAGGCAUGGACAAUGUGGCAGCUUUUGAUAGAUCUGACCCUCCAUUUCAUGAAGGAAACCUAUUCCAGGCUGAUGGCACAGGUUGGAUGGCAUUCUUUGCCCUGACAUUGUUUGAGAUGUCAGUAGAGUUGAGUCAUCAUGACGUGGCAUACAUUGACCAAGCUGUCAAGUUUUAUGAACAUUAUCUCUGUAUUGUGAAGGCCAUCAAUGGGACGGAGGAUCACCAAGGUCUUUGGUGUCCAGAUCAUAAGUUCUACUAUGAUUGCUUCCAAAUUGAAGAUGAGUUCAAACGCCUUCAUACCCGUUCCCUAUCUGGUAUAGUGCCUUUGUUUGCAACCUUGACUUUUGAUAUGUCAAAGGUCGGUGAUUUACCCGAGUUAACAAAGCGUCUUGAUGCAUUGCUUGAGAGACGAGUGGAUUUAAAAGAAAAGGUCUCACAAAGAGACUCCGUUCAAUUUCUGUCAAUUCCUCGGAAAGACAAACUAGAAAGCAUACUUUCCUACCUCUUAGAUGAAGAUGAAUUUUUGUCUCCAUAUGGAAUACGAUCUUUGUCAAAGGUACAUAAGGAGAACCCUUACAGCAUUAUCUUCAAUGUUCAGGUACAUAGUGGUGGUCCAAUAUUCCACAUGGAUAUGGGGGAGAAAGAAUACAGUGUGUCAUAUGCUCCAGGGGAAUCUAAUACUGAUAUGUUUGGAGGAAACAGUAACUGGAGGGGACCAGUCUGGAUAUGUAUGAACUACCUCAUAAUUGAGUCUCUUGAGAAGUUUGAUAGUUUCUAUGGUGAUGACCUGAAAGUAGCAUUUCCUACCCGCUCAAAACAAAAGCUGAGAUUGCGAGAUGUCGCUAAAGAAUUAUGUCGGCGAAUUAGCAAAAUAUUUCUACCUAAUGCCAAAGGAGCUAGACCAUGUCACGGAAAUAAUGACAAAUAUGCUGCUGACCCCUAUUGGCGAGAUCUGGUGCUAUUCAAUGAAUAUUUCCAUGGGGACUCGGGGCAGGGGCUUGGAGCCAGUCACCAGACAGGUUGGACAGCCCUAAUUACAAAGAUCCUGGAGAAAGCAGGCCCAGUAUAAUGCUAGACAAUUUUACCAAUAUUAAGGACAUAGUGGAGGGGAUGGUAAUGGAAUCUGGAUGUUUGAGCCAAAUUAUAUACUCGUUCAAGAGACUUGAAACUGAAUGUACCAUUAUGCAAAACCUGUUCCAAAUUACCAUUUCUGGACAUAAUGACUC